AUGGUUCGUAAAAAAUCAACUUUAUCAAAAGUGAAAAAAAGAAAAGAAGCCUAUAAGCGGCAACUAAAAGCAGAUGCAAUUUCUUCAGAUUGCGUCAAUUUUGUUAAUAAAGAUAUGCCAGCUAUAUCUUCUGAUGUGAUCAAGGUGAAAGAGCAAUUUGAUGAUUACAAGAUCAUUAAAGAUAUUAUUAAAAAGCUUGUAUCAAAAGUUUCUCGUCUAGACAAUGCACGUAAAAGACAAUUACAGAUUCGAAAUAAAAAAAAAGCAGAAGUUACUAUUAGCAGUAAAAAAACAAUCAUAAAAAACACCAGACAAACCAUUUGGUUCAAAAAACAAUAUUGCCAGAAUGUCUUAUUUCGUAAAAAUGAAAAUGAACGUGCAAUGCAAUACUUUCGAGAUAAAUAUCAUAAUAACAAUGAUUUUCGUGAGAAACAAAACUCUCGGAUAAAACAACAUAUUUUAGUGAAAUACCGGAACAACACAAUUUUCCGUGUGGAAAAUAACGCACGUGCAAGCCUACGUAUUUUAAAUAAAUAUCAUACUAAUAAAACAUUUCGUGAAAAAGUUAAAGCACGAUCGAAUAUUCAUAUUUUAAAUAAAUAUCACAAUAAUACAAAAUUUCGUAACAAGUAUAAACAACGUAUGAAUAUUCAAGUUUCGAAGAAAUAUAAAUCUAAUGAAUCGAUACGAUUAAAAAUGAUUCAGUGUGCUUCGAAUUGGUACCGAAACAAUAAUACAUUGAUAAGAAAAAAUUCAAGAUGUCUUUAUAAUCAACGUAGACGUAUUUUACAAAAAUACACUGUUAUUCAAAACCAUAAAUGUGCAGUUACACAUAGAAGUAUAUAUAUGAGUAACUUGAAUAGAUUUCGACAAAUUAUUCGAGAAGGACCUGAUUAUGUUUGUAUAUCAUGUCGGCUAGUACUUUUUCGUAAUCAGGUUGUACCAUUUGUUGAGAAAAAGUAUAUAAAACAAAACAUGUCAACUGAAAUAAAAAAACGAAUUCAAUCUUACUUUGAUCAUUAUUCAUCAUCAACAGAAAGUCAAUGGAUUUGUAAAUUAUGUUCAGAUAAAAUAAAAAAGCAACAGAUGCCAAAUCGAGCAAUCGCGAAUCAAUUGAAAGUCUGUGAAGUUCCAUCUGAACUAAAAAGAUUAAAUAAUCUUGAAAAACAUUUAAUUGCUUUGAGAUUACCAUUUAUGAAAAUUGUAAAUUUAACAUCAGGAAAGUUAUCAAGUAGAUUAGCACAAAAAGGUACUAAAGGACCACUUCAUUGUGUACCAUCAGAUGUACAAGAUACUGUAACAGCAUUACCUCGUCCAAUUGAUAAAUCUAUGAUGGUCCGAUUACAAUUGAAACGACGAAUAAAAUACAAAGCUAUAUGGGAAGAACAAUUAAUAAAUCCAAAUGAUGUAAGAGAUGCACUGUUUGUUUUAACUAAGAUGCAUCCAGGAUAUAAAAGUGUAAAGAUAAAUGAUAUUCAUGAAAAUUAUCUUACAUCUGAUCAAGAAAAAAACUAUGACAAUAACAUUGAGUUAGUAGUUGAACCAAUGGAUGUUGACACCACAUCAGAAGAAACUGUCAUUGAAAAAACAGAAGUAUCUAAUGAAAAUAAUCUAAAAAGAUUAGCUUUAGGUGAUAUUGAUAAUAAUAUUGACAGUGAUGAAGAAAUAAAUGAGGAUGAACAAGACAUUCGUACUAAAUAUAAUAUUGGUACAGAUUCAUGUACUCAACCAUGUGAUUUUAACGAUUUUUUAGUGUUUGAUAAAGAACCAUGCGUAGUAGCACCAGCUGAAAAAAAUAAAUUAAGUUCAUUAUUAACAGAUAAAACAAUUGAAGCUUUAGCCUUUCCUCAUUUAUUUCCAGAUGGUCAAGGGUCAUAUGACGAAGAUCGUCAAACGAUUCUUAGAUGGAAAGAAUAUUGUAAAGCACGUUUAUUUUCAUCCGAUUCUCGAUUUGCUUCAGAUUCAAGUUACAUCUUUUAUCUACAGUAUUUAGGUGACUUGAAACAAGUAUACUCCGGAAUCAAUAUUGCGUUCCGAAAAAAAUUACCAAUGAAUGCUAAACAAAGCUUGGAUGAAAUGCAAAUGAAAUUUCUUAUGAAAAAAGAUAUGAUAUAUCGUCAUUUGCAAUGUGUUCGAGGUAGUCCACAAUACUGGCAUAAACGUUUAAAAGACUUAUUCGGAAUGACAC